GAAGGUGUGGCAGUGUGUAGUAAGCUACCUGGUCAGGUGCGCUUUCAGCAUCACGCUUGAAGAUUCGACUAAGAGCAGCUAUAAACAUUUUUGGUGAACAAUGAAGAAAGGGAAGUUAACUGUCAGAAUAUUUUUUAUACUGACAGUGUUGUCCAGUACCUCUGGCCUUCAGGUUUCAUUCCCUAAGGCCGAGUAUGAGGUCGCCAGGGGCGAUGAUGUCACCCUCACAUGCACAUUCCAGCCUGCCAGUCCACUGGACAGCACACAGCUGGUCAUCAUAACAUGGACUGCAGAGGCCGACAACCCUGCUGACCCUAAGGUCACUGUCGCAACUUUCUACUCAAAUACUGCACUGGACGUAAGUCCCUCUUAUGAGGGUAGGGCGACCGUUACCGUGGAUUUGGCCAAGAAGGAGAGCGCCCUGACUCUCAACAGGGUGACCCUGCAGGACAACAGAGAGUUUCAGUGCAGGGUCCAGAUCCCCAGGGAUGAUGAAGGGAAGCUGGCUGCCAUCACCUCUGUGCUUGUCCUGGUGGCUCCCUCUGUGCCCAUCGUCAAGAUGCAAGGCACAGCAGAGUACUGGAAUAACAUCAGUCUGACCUGCGUCUCAGAGGAGGGCUCGCCCUCUCCUGUGUACACCUGGAAGACCUACGAUGUCAAGAACAUCGACAGACUAUUCCCUCCAAGGACAACGGAGAAGAAUGGAGUUCUGUCUCUCUUCAAUAUCUCAAUGGACACCUCUGGAUUCUACAUCUGCACGGCGACCAAUAAGAUCCGGGCGGCCAGCUCCAACUUCACUUUAACCGUCCUGCCUCCGUCUAUGAAUAUCGGCUCCACAGCGGGCAUCGUUGGGGGCGUCCUGGCUGGGGUCCUGGUGCUGGGCCUGGUCUUCUACUGCAUCUACAAGAGGAAGAACAAACAGAAGGAGAAUGUUGAAAAGGCCCCUGAGGCUGUGGCGUUACAUGACCAGCCCACCAUGGCAGUUGGGCAGUACCAGGACGGCCUGCCAGAUGAGGUCAAGCCGAACGUGGAGCAUGUCGGCCGUUAUGUCGAGGAGAGAGGGGAGAGAGACGUGGACCUCAGCCUGCAGACUAACGCCACCAGAAUUAAAUUAAUUGAUGAGGCUGAUGAGGAUGAUGAGCAUGGUAGUAAUGUUGGGCGUAAAGAUGAGCACCGUCGUGAUCUCUAUGGCGGCAGUCGCGAUCGCCUAGACGAUCAACGCGAGCGUCACGGCGGUAGCCGCGAUCGCCUAGACGACCGCAAAGGUGGCAGCCGGGAUCGCCUUGACCAAAGUGAUCGCUACAGUGAGAGCCGUGGGUACAGCGGAAGUCGUGAUCGUCUGGACGACAAUCGUCGGAAUGGUAGCCGUGAUCGCCUCGACGACCAAAGUGAUCGUUACAGUGAGAGCCGUGGUCGCAGUGGCAGCCGUGAUCACCUUGACAACGGUCGCCGAUAUGGUGGUAGCCGUGAUCGCCUUGAUGACCAAAGUGAUCGCUACAGUGAGAGUCGUGGUCAUGGUGGCAGCCGCGAUCGCUUAGACGACGCUGGUCGUCGCUACGGCGGCAGCCGUGAUCGUCUUGGCGAUCCCCGUGCUGUGUGAUGGCCUAUGCAACAGAUAGACCUAGUCAGGGUUGUUGUUAGACAUAAAUCCCUACUGGGGAACAGGCCCCUAUUCAUAUCCCUUGUUUUCUUCCAAGCUUGCUGCACAAGGCACUACUAGGCUAUAGAAACUCCCUUUGCUUAACCCACUAUACAACAGUUCAGGGACGCAAGUUUGAUAUCAGCUUUGGCAGGGACAUCAAUAGUUAAUGCGAGUUAGUUUUUUUCACAUUCAUUUGAGCGCAAAUACAGUUUUGAGCUUCAUGUUAGGCUUUAUUGUUUUUAUGUUGUAGUCAAAAUAAGAUGAUCGGUAGGCCCAUCAUGUAGAAACUUUCUUUAGUUUUGUAAUGUUUUCUUAGCCUACCUCAAUUCUGACUUGUGUGCAGAGUCCGACACCUGGACUUCUGUGUGCGUGCUGCAGUGGCUAUUUGGCAAGCUCAGAAGAGCACGCUGACGUGGAAUUCUGCGGGCAUCAGUUUGUGUUUUCAGUUUAACUGUUUUGAUUUUACAGGCGUCGAUUGGGAUACUGCGUUCGAAAUUUCCCGGGACUAUCAAUCUAAAUGAAUGCACUGACUAUAAUAAAGUAAAUUGUUAAAACUCAAACUUUAGAUUUCACUGGGGCACAGCAGAUUUAUACUGGGGCACGUGCCCCAGUAAAAAGGGUCUGACGACGCCCCUGGACCCAGUCUACAUGAUGUGCCAUUAGGCCUAUUGCUGAUACUGCAACAUUUAUAUUCUUACUUAAGAACUAGAUUGUUUAUUGGCUGGAUUCAAGUCAACACCUUUUUUUCCAUUCAAGCAUCAAAAAGGUCUGCAAUGUACAUAGUCUAUGUUUGAGCAAUUUUAGAGAACUACGUUUAAAUCAGUUUAUUGUCCACAAUGGUAGACCUGUCAAGUGUGUUUAGGCCUACCGACAAGGUUCUAUUUUAUAAGGUUCAGACUUGAAAUAUUAUCCAUCUAUGUGGAGUCAUGCGAUAAUUUUAGGGAGAUUAUAAUUUUUGGUUUUGUGGUCCUUCUUAAAUUUCAAUAAGAUUAUUGAUACACAAGAUUAUUAGCACAUCUACAUCAAUUAACUUUUUUUCUGUGAUUUAUAAUGAUUAGCCUAUUGGCAUACUCUGUGAAUGAUCAAUAACAUUAGUAAUUUGUUUGUAAAAUGCACUUGUUUUGAAUAAAUAUUGCCUAUACCAUUGUAAAAUGUAAAUAGGCUAAUCAAAAUGGUGCCUGCAAGUGACUAAGGCUACUUAGUUGUUCUAUUUUGUCUGUGCUCUGAAAAAUUCCUUAAACCCUGGUCUGACCUAAAUGUAU